AUGGUGCAAAACAAGUCGUUCGUCUUCUCGCACCCGCCCACGGGCUGGCCCGUCGCGGGCAAGGAUAUCACGGUGCAAGACGGCACGUUCGACGAGGCGGCGGCGCCCCCCGCCGGCGGCGUGACGACGCGCAACUUCUACGCGUCGCUGGACCCGUACAUGCGGGGCCGGCUGCGCGACCCGGCCAAGAAGUCGUACUUCCCGCCGUUCCAGCUCAACGAGCCCAUCGACAACAGCAUUGUAGCGCGGGUGUUGAAGUCGGACUGCGAGGGGCUGAAGGAGGGCGACGUCGUCGUCGGCAUGCUGCCCAUCCAGGAGUACAGCACGCUGUCUGCGGCGCAGGCAAAGGGCCUGCGCAAGCUGACCAACCCCCACGGCCUCGAUCCCCGCGUCUUCAUCGGUCCCCUCGGCAUGCCCGGCCUCACGGCUUACAGCUCCUUCUACGAGAUCGGCAAGCCCGUCAAGGGCGAGACGAUUUUCGUGAGCGCGGCCAGCGGCGCCGUCGGCCAGCUUGUUGGCCAGUUGGCGAAGCACGAGGGCCUGCGCGUCGUGGGUAGCGUGGGCAGCGACGACAAGCUCGAGUUCAUCACUAAGGAGCUGGGCUUCGACGCGGGGUUCAACUACAAGAAGGAGAAGGCCGCGGAUGCUCUUGCCCGUCUGUGCCCUGAUGGCGUCGAUAUCUACUACGAGAACGUCGGCGGCGAGCAGUUGGAGGAAGCUAUCAACGCUAUGAACAACCACGGCCGCAUUGUCGCCUGCGGCAUGAUCUCGCAGUACAACCUGGAGCCGCAGAACAUGUACGGCGUGAAGAACCUGUUCCACAUCGUGUCGAAGCGCAUCACGAUGCGCGGCUUCAUCGUCUCGGACAAGGACAUGGGCCCCAAGUACGCCGAGCAGCACCAGAAGAACAUGGCGCAGUGGAUUGCCGACGGCAGCUUCAAGGUCAAGCUGCACAUUGACGAGGGCAUUGACGCGGCCCCCGACGCUUUCUUGGGUAUGUUGGCUGGUAAGAACUUUGGUAAGACGGUGCUCCAGAUUGCGGAUUUGGAGAAGGCGUAA